CACUCAUAUGGUAUGAUUGUAUUUUCUUAUGAAAGACACAUUUAAAAUGGUACAAAGUUUGUUGUUGUUCUAUCCUAUAGCUGACGGUGGGUGUAUUGGGGUCCUGACUUGGGUAGCGAUGCAAGCAUUAUUACAGUUAUUUAUGUAGAUAUCCAUGUAUCCUAUUCAAUCUCCAUUUACUGAAUCUCCAGCAGUAAAUAAUAAAAUAUCCUAAACUAGCAUACUUCUACAAAAAUGGGUCUGUCUUAUGGUUUAAGGAUAUGUCUAAUAACUUUUUUGAUGCAUCUCUAAUUUAUUUUCGCGGUUUAUGCUAUGUCUUUGUGAAUAUUUUACUGUGCUUUCAUUUUGACACAGGAUUGCCAACCAGCAGAGGUGAGGACCUCCAGUCUAGGUGCUUGCUUGAACUCUACGGGCUUAAGUUAGCUGAGCUGCAGAGCAAAGUGCGGUCUGAAGUGAUUUCUGAAUAUUGGCUCCGUCUAUGGUGUGCAAAUCCGGAUAAGAAGUUGUUUGAUUGGGGCAUGACGCGAUUGCGCCGUCCUUUAUAUGGUAUAGGAGAUGCUUUUGCUAUGGAAGCUGAUGACUCCCUGAAGAAGAAACGAGAUGCUGAGAGGUUGUCAAGAUCAGAGGAAGAAGAAAGGAAUCGUGUAGAAACCAGGAAAAGGAAAUUCUUUGCUGAUUUACUUAAUGCUCUACGUGAACUCCAAUUGCAAGUACAGGCUUCCCAGAAACGCCGGAAACAAAGAAGCGAUGGUGUCCAGAUAUUGCACAAAACACAGAAAAUAUUGGAAGGUAAAAAAUGUUACUUCUCGUUGUUCCUCUUGUUUUAUUUAUUAGUGUAUGGUUCCAUACUG